UUCUUAAUUUUUAUUUAGCUGUAAAUGAGGUUUACUCCAUCCAAAGUUCUUUUUUUAUUUGUCAAAUUAUAAAUACAACGUAGAAAAUGUAAUCUAAUGCGGACGUUCAUAACGUGUAAUCUCUGACUUUCGUAUAUUUCUACUUUGUACGUACUUGUCUGUUUAUAUUGUUAUUCCCCCACGGUCAAACUGGUUUGUCGUUGAACAGUUCGAUCAGUAAACACCCGAUCGUUUCGGCAAUCACGUCCGUAUAUCCGUUUUCGAAGAUUUUUCACUUCGGACAGCAAGCAGCAAAAACUGAACUUGGAGGAUAAAAAAUUGUUGAGCCACAUAAUAGACAAGCAUUUGCCGUUACGUUGCCGGCUGUGCGGUGAUUUAUUUAAUUGUAUCCAGAGAAGACUUCAAGUCCAUCGGUAAUAUAAUUCGCAAAGCAAGUUAAUAAAUAAGAUCCGACAGUCCGCACGUACUCGUGAAAAUCGAAAAGCAUCAUCGUCCACGAGAAAUUUUAGAACCAAAUUUUCGACAAGUUUUGUUUUAUUAGAAACGAUUAUUGUUUAUAUAUUUAAUCUGUACUUAUUACAGAAAAAUAACGGAUUGAAAGAAAUUAAUGCAAACUCAUGUUUCAUUCGUCGCUUGAAUUUUAAAUAAUAUGAAAAUUCUUUUAUCUUCAACGUCGGGUAUUUUUUAUGGCAAGUAUGUUAAUUCCACAUUUUUAACUGAAUCUUUAGCUGCGUGCAAGUGGUUUGAACACGUGGGAUCAGAUUAUUCGUAAAUUGGAGAUGGAUGACGUACAGUCGGGCACGUCCUCGCCGUCGUCCUCUAGCAACAAGGAUCAAGAGAUCCAUCACCCGCAGGAGUUCCUAAAGAAGGACAAAAUUAUCAUGAUCAAGCAAGGACUGCAUCUCUCUGUACAUUUACUAAACAGUUUAAAGGAUAAAAUAGAGAUCGAACGAGAAUUAAUGAGACAACAGAAAGCGGAUUUGACACUAGAGGAGACGAAGAAGGUGGUUAAGUCGGACAAAGAACUUAUAUCAGAGAGGAACGCGGAGUUCUUGAGGACGCAGAUAGAAAAUGCCAGUAGAAACUUGCCGAACUUUGCUGCAACCGUUCAAAAUAAAUCGGACAGAACGAGCGAAAAUCUUGAGGAAAGCCGCGAACAUAAUGCGGAACUACGAGAGAAUAUGAAGAAACUGGAGAACGAAAUGAGUAAAUACGAGAAGAAGUUAGAGAUCGCAAUGGAGGAACAAGAAAGACUUAUCAGCAGCCUAGCGUUGACCAACGAACUGAAAGAAAUCCUAGAGGCAGAUCUGUGGAGAACUACAGAGGAGUUGAGAGCGCGAGAACAGGAAGUGAAGAACUCCUCAAACCGGGAGCUGGAGCUUGCGCGCACGUUACAAAACUUAUAUGGCACGUAUCUACAAGUGGAAGGUAAACGGAGAGCGCUGGUGAAUCAGAAGGUGUAUUUGGUGUUUUGUUUGUUUACUUUAUUAUUAUAUUUAUUAUUUUUGAUAAACGCGUUCUGUGUAUUGUGUGAUUAAAUAGCAAUCGUCGACGAUCGAUCUGCAUAGAAUUUCUAUUUCCGUUUCUAUUUCGACUGCACAAUUUACAGUCCUAAUUAUUAGCAUGGCAACUAAUGAAGAGAAUGUAAAUUUGUCAGCUCGAUCGGAAAUAAUUGAAACUGGGUAUUUAUUAUACGGACUCUGUAAUAGACUGCCGGUUAAAAUUUUUAUACAUUUUUAACUCAUUACCGUUUUCAUGCGAGACUUUGAUUGAUGCUGUCUUGUGCAUGUAAAGUAGGUUUUAGCGUUGUAAGAUACGUUGUAAAAAAUUGAAUAAAGAGUAAUUGAAUAAGAGUUUGGAGAUACAAACCG